GCUUCCUGUAUGCCGCUGCCGCCGGGUGUCCAUGGCCCGCACCCCCAAGCUGCCAGUGCAGCAGUCAGAGUGGCAGCCAGAGGUUCGGUCCAUGCCGGACCCCUUGGACGGUGCUGGCCAGGCUGAGCAAGAGGCCUCUGCUUCUUGACACCUAGGAGAGCAGGGACGGAGUCUCACCAGGGCACAGGACCAUGUUGCGCCGCAAGCCCUCCAACGCCAGCGAGAAGGAGCCCAUGCAGAAGAGGAAGUUUCCUCAUCUCUGAAAAAGGGGCUAGCUCCUGAUCUGCUCACCUCGGGAGGUUGUAUGGCUGGCUUGGGACAACAAAUAUGAGAGGACUCUGUGGCCUGCAUGCAUGCCCACACAAAGGAGUGCAUACUGACCCUCUGGGCAGACUGGGAGCACACUGCAGAGAGGAACGAGCCAUGGUUCUAGCCCUGAAGUUGAAUAAACAACUCUCACUUCAGCGCUCCAGCAGCUUCAAGGAUUUUGCCAAAUCCAAGCCCAGCUCCCCCGUGGUGAGCGAGAAGGAAUUUAAUCUGGAUGAUAAUAUUCCAGAAGAUGACUCAAAUGUCCCUACUCCGGAGGAUGCGGGGAAGAGUAGCAAAAAGCUGGGGAAAAAGUGGAGGGCAGUGAUUUCAAGAACCAUGAACAGGAAGAUGGGCAAGAUGAUGGUGAAGGCCCUAUCGGAGGAGAUGGGAGACCCUCUGGAGGAGGGCUCAGCCUCCCCGACAUCUCCAGACUGCGGCCUGGACAGCCCCGGGCCAGAGAAGAUGGCUCUGGCCUUUUCUGAGCAGGAGGACCGAGAUCCCUCCAUACUGAGCCGCGAGGCAUCCACGAGCAGUGAGCUCUGCAGCCCCAGCUUCGGGGAGGACCCGCCUGCCCCCCAGUACACAGGGCCCUUCUGCGGCCGGGCACGCGUCCACACCGACUUCACCCCCAGCCCCUACGACCAUGACUCGCUGAAACUGCAGAAAGGAGAUGUGAUUCAGAUCAUCGAAAAGCCACCUGUGGGCACGUGGCUGGGCCUGCUCAAUGGUAGGCUGGGCUCCUUCAAGUUCAUCUACGUGGACGUGCUGCCUGAGGAAGCCAUGGGGCCUGCCCGCCCGAGCCGCCGGCAGAGCAAGGGCAAGAGGCCCAAGCCUAAGACCCUGCACGAGCUGCUAGAACGCAUCGGCCUGGAGGAGCACACGUCCACCCUGCUGCUCAAUGGCUACCAAACACUGGAGGACUUCAAAGAGCUUCGAGAAACACACCUCAAUGAGCUGAAUAUCGUGGACCCGCAGCACCGGGCCAAGCUGCUCACGGCGGCCGAGCUGCUACUGGAUUAUGACACGGGCAGCGAGGAGGCGGAAGAGGGCGCUGAGAGCAGCCAGGACCCAGCGGUGUACAUAGCGUCAGAACCCAAAGUGGACAUCCCACGAGACUCGGGCUGCUUCGAGGGCUCAGAGAGCGGUCGUGAUGAAGCAGAGCUGGCGGUCACCGAGGAGCAGCUGCACGGCCUUUCCUUGGCCGCGACAUCUUGAGGUGGAGGCAGCAGUGCAGGCCAAGGCUGGGCCCGAGCUGCAAGGGCCACGGGGAUGGGCCUGGCCUCCUGUGAUGGCCUGGGCCCUGAGGAUUGACUCCAAGCCUAGCCCUGCUUCCCAAGGGGCGCUAGGGCUGCAGAGGCCCGGCCUAGGCCUUACAGCCUCUGUUGAGUGGAUGAGGGGCCACCUGAGGGCACACUGCACUGCCAGGAGCUCUCUCUUCACCAGCUACUGAUAACAAAGCCCCUCCUGGCACCGUCCACUCCCCAGCCACAGCCAUGACUACAUCAAGUGGGGCGCCGAGGGACUACCCCCAUGUCCCUCACCAUCAAGGCGUCCAAACCCUCCUCACUCCUGUCGCACUGCUCCUGAAAAGGGGGCCAAGUCAGUGUUUUGGGUCAGUCUCAAAACGCAGGGGAAGAUGGCUAUCGAGAAGGACUUGAAUUUAUCACGGGUAAAUCCGGAUUUCUCCAAAUAAGGUUUGAAGAAAGCCAUGUGUGACCACUCUCCUACUUAACUUUCUUAGAGGUUUGACCACUAAAUCACUAUGUGAGUUGAGCUGAGUGCCUCUGGGCUUAGGACUGAUGAGUUGGAAUGGAGAGUCUCUGAGGGCCUUGCCAGCUUGUGACAUUAAAUGUCUGCUCUCCUGUUACCUGUGGCCCAGGACACCAGUGGGGUUUAUUGAGGGGCUGGAGGAGCCUGUGGCUCCCAAAUGAAAUGGCUCCUCCUGCUCACCCAUUCCAUACUCCCCCCUGCCCACUAACUGAGGCCAUGCUGCAACUCCCCCAGCUUGAAACCAUGCUUAUACCUCAGACAGUGCCUAUCCUCCUCUUCCAUUCCUGGUCCCCUCAAGUGUGACUUCCCCCCAGGUUGAUAGCAGAUGCUCAGACCUGUCUUCUAAGGACAGAGCUGCCCCUUUGCACCAGAUGCAGAUCUGGGCCUAGACUUGGCCACUUGUGUGGGUCCUUAACAAGCAAAGAAAGCACUAAGCUUGACAUUGGAGAGCCCACUACCCCAAUUUUACUUUGCUAAAGGUUUUGGUGUACCCUGAGCUCCAGAAAGGAGCCCUGGUGGAGCAGUGGUUAAGAGCUCGGCUGCUAAUCAAGAGGUUGGCAGUUCAAACCCACCAGCUGCUCCUUGGAAACCCUAUGAGGCAGUUCUACUCUAUCCUAUAGGGUCACUAUGAGCCAGAAUCGACUCGACAGCAACGGAUUUUGAGCUCCAGAAGGGGAGGGAGAUUAUCUGUUGGUGGGGACCCCCUUGACCCCAAUACCAAGUCUUUCCCCUGAGUUCCCAAAGUAUCCCUUCCCCAGUGUCCAGCCAGCCUGCAGACAAACAGUGUCCGCUACAUCUAGGACUGCCUGCUUAGUGGACACACUUCUUGACCUAUUACCAGGGACUUCAGUAAAAGCUAGCUUUGGGAAAGGGCUUGAGUGUAAAUAUGAGGUGGGUGGUGGAGGGAGAGAGGUUAGUACCAAUAAAGUACAUAGGUAGAACUGAAUUAUUGUCUCCAGUUAUCUUCCUAAUGGAGAGAGGUUGGGAGGGACAAACCAGUCUCCUUCAAAGCUGGCCUUCAGCAAAAUGUUUCUCCAUUGUCCUUUCAGGCCCAUUUUCCCCUCCCUCAAGAUGCUGAGUCCUUGACCCUGCUAACCAAAAGCUCCAGUUUGAAGCCCUUGCUGGCUCUGCCCAUCCCUCUAACCAGCCCUCCUCAGAACAGGGCUCUGGCUCCUGUGGCCCCAAGGUCUGGCUGAGAGUAGAGGUCACUAAUUCCCUCUUCCCAUAAUUGUUCAUUUUAACAAGAGCCCUGAAGACCUUAACCCCAGUGAGGAAGGGCCUGCAAUGGAGGCCUGCCCAGGGUCCAAGGGGAGACUUAGGUUCAGCAGGGGCUUUCCUCUGAGGCUGCCUUUUCCUGGGCCUCACCCUAUGCCCACUGAAGCUACACCAUCUCCUGGGAGGUGCCAUGGAGACAAAGACGUCUAGCUUCCUUUAUUUGCCGGCAUUAUCUGCACUUGUUGCUAGCUGCUGUCGAGUCAGCCCCAACUCAUGCCAACCCCAUGCACAACAGAAGAAAAUGCUGCUUGGUUCUUCAUCCCCAAGAUCAGUUGUAGAUUGGGCUAUUGUGAUCCACAGGGUUUGCACUGGCUGAUUUUCAGAAGUAGAUCACCAGUCCAUCUUAGACUGUUAGAUCCACUGAAACCUGUUCAGCAUCAGAGCAAUACGCAAACCUUCACUGACACAUGGGCAGUGGCUGCACGUGAGGUGCACUGGCCGGGAAUCAAACCCAGGUCUCCCUUAUGGAAGGUGGGAAUUCUACCACUGAACUUGCUGUAGAGCGGACUCCGACUCAUGAUAACCCCGUGUGUGUCAGAGGAGAACCGUGCUCCAUAGGGUUUUCAAUGGCUGGGUUUUCAGAAGCAGAUCACCAGGAUUUUCUUCUGAGGUGCCUCUGGGUGGAUUUGAACCUCCAACCUUUCCAUUAGUGGCCAAGCACGUUAACAGUUUGUACCACCAAAGGACUCCCAUCACCCGAGCGAGCUGCCACUAGAGUGAGGGAAGGCAACUCUGCUCCCAGGCCUUACUCCUUAGCUGUACUUAUCCCACUGUCCUUAGAGACUGUGAGGAUCAAGAAAAUGGAGAAUAAAAGUGCAAUUCUCAUCAAAUAAAGAAGGGAGCCCAAACAGCCUCAACUCCCAAAUGCCACUGAAUAACUGCCAUCAUUUAGUGAGCACUGACUGUAAAAAAAAAAAAAGACAUAACCAUACAUUAUCUCACAUAAUUCACAUUGGACCCCUGUGAGGUAGGCCCUACCAUCAUCCCAGUUUACAGAGGAGAAAACUGAGGCUGAGAGAUUAAAGAAGUUGACUAGGAAGUCACAGAGUGUGGAGUCUGCCUGACUUCAGAGUCAAGGCUAUCAAGCUCUAUACUAAAUGGCUUCUCAAAAGGCCUCAUGUGACAAGCUUUCAAAGGCACAAUCUGACCCUCUGUAAUGUUUAGACCCUGUGACCCAGCCAUUCUCCUUCUAGGAUUUGAUCUACAGAAAUAGUCACACAAGGCUACAAAGAUAUAUGGGCAAAGAUAUUCAUGACAGUUUUGUCUAUACUAGUAAACAACUGGAAACAAGGCAAAUAAGGAAUUAAAUACAUUAGGCUGGGUUCUCUAGUGAAACGAAACCAGUGAAGCGUGUACGUAUAUAUAUAUAUAUAUAUACAUACAGAGAGAGAGAGAGAAAUUUAUCUCAAGGAAGUGGCUCACACGGUUGUAGAGGCUGACAAGCCCCAAGUCCAUGGGUCAGGCGUCAAGCUGGAGCUUCUUUGACUCACAUAGCUGCAGAGGCUGAUGAAUCCCGAGCUCAGCAGGCAAUACGGCUGGCAGCUGGCUCAACUCCAAAGAACCAAAGGUCAGAUGAUGAUGAGCUGGACGCAGGAUCCAGCGCAAGUGAGCGACCUUUGCCAAAACAUCCAUAUAUAUAUUGGAUGCAGGCCACACCCCCAAGAAAAUUCCCGUUACAACUGAUUGGCUGAUCACAUCAUAUCACAUCAUGGAGGAUGACUCCAUCGUUACAUAACAGCCAAAUUACAUCAUUACAUAACUGCCUCACCACUGAGAAUCAUGGCUCAGUCAAGUUGACAUACAACCUUAACCAUCACAGGGUUCAUUCAUACAAUACCAUGCAGCCAUUAAAAAUGGUGUAGAAAAAGAUUUAGUGACAUGGGGAAAAUCUUCGUGUUUUUUAUUCUUUAAAAUGUUAAGAUUAUACAAAUACUGUACAAAUAUUCUUGUUGUAAAAGAAUUUCAUGCUAUAUCAAGGGGAAAAGCAAAUACUAAAAUAUGACUUAUAUGGUGAUUUCAUUUUUAUUUAAGAAAAAAAAAACAUAUACACAGAAAAAAGACUGAGAGGCUGUGCGCCAAAUGGUUAACAACAGUGAUCUGGUGAGGGAGUGGACAGGGUUGGGGAAGUAACGGAGAGAAAUGUUCACUUUCUAUAUUUUUGUUUUAUUUGAAUUUUUAAAGUAUUAUUACUUUUAUAUCUAUAAAAAGGAACAAUAUUUCAAUUAAAAAAAUUAAAGCAAAUAAGGCCCAAGCCACUGGCCUACCAUUUGGGGUAACAGCAAAGCCACUAUCCUGCUGGGUACCUUUUGGCUGGGGCUUCUGGAAAGAUAGUGGGGAGAAGGAUAAUGCCCAAAGUGCUUAAAAUCCACACACGCCAGAGGAGAUUCCUAUACCUUUUAAAAUCCCCGCGUAACGCCUAUCUAAAGAAUACUGGUGGUGCAGUGAUUAGAGCUCAGCUUCCAACUGAAAGGUCGGUGGUUCAAACUUACCAGCCUCUCUACGGGAGAAAGACGUGGCAAUCUGCUUCUGUAAAGAUUUACAGCCUUGGAAACAAACCCUAUGGGGCAGUUCUACCCUGUCCUAAAAGGUUGCUAUGAGUUGGAAUCAGCUCCACGGCAGCAGGUUUGGUUAAUGUCUAUUAGCUCUCAGCUGAGGAAAGGAAAAUAAUCAGAUAAAGAGGAAUGACUGAGAAAAAGAUGUUCUGGAAAUCUCCCCUGUCCUGGGGGAUAAGAGUAUCUAAGGGCUUGUGGGUAGGGGAUAAAUACAGGCUUAAAUUAGUUUGUUGUGCAAGGGCACCAAAAUCACAGGGCUUUGGGAGGGGCAGUGAGAAGGGGCAACAAGGAUUGUAAACCACAGGCCAGGCCCUGAGAGGUGAGAAAGACAGUACCCCUACAGGGCCGCAGCCCAGGGCCCAAAGCUCUCCUCCAGGCAGGGCUGCUGGAGCCUCGUGUCCAGCCCCGAUGACUUCUAGAACAUGCCAAGUGGCACCUUCAGCCCCGCAAACCAAGGUCUGAGGUCCAAGAGGCUGAGUCUUCACAGCUGGAGGCCCCACUCCCACCCUCAGCCCAGGAUGUCAGAGGGUCAGGGAGCUGUAGCCUCUAGCUCCCCCUGGAAGGAAAUGGGUGGGGAUGGCCUAGUCCAAGAGGGCAAUGAGGCUCUUCCUCUGCCCUUGGGCCCAUGCAGGGCCUGGGGACAGCAAGUAGAAGCUUCUCUAGGGCAGAACUGAGUUCAAGUCUCGGCUCUGCCACUCACCAGCUGCGUCACCUUGGGGAAGCCACUUAACCUCCUUGAGCCUUAGUUUCCACAUUGAUAAGUUGGGGAUAAUUGUACCAGCUCCAUGGGAGUGCUUUGAAGAUUUAAUGAAAUAGCGUAUAUAAAGCACUUAGCAUACUGCCCAGCACAUAAUAAAUGUUCAGUGAAUGAUUGCAUGCCCCAUCCUCUAAAUUUGCACCACCUGUUACUUCCAUUUCACUCCCUUUGAGGCCCAUCUCACCUAUGAUCCCUAGUUAGUGUAGUGGGCAAGAGCAAAGGCUUCGGAGUUGAACUAAUGUGUUUGCAAAUCCUGGCUCCACCACUUACUGGUUACAUGACGUCAGGUAAGUUGCAUACAUACACAUUUCUGUUCUGUAAAAUAGGAAUAAUGACCUAACAAUACCUACUCCCUGGGGUUGUUAGAAGAAAUUAGAUAAUGUAAAUGAAGUUCCUGGCACAUAGUGACAAUAAAUGGCAACCAAUAGACAUUUUUGUAACCUCCAGGAUACUGCAUUCCAGACUGGGCACAAAGGCCAUGUCAAUAUGUGCUUGUCUGCAGACUGACUGACAUUCAUGGACCUGGCAUACCCAGAAGCAAACUGACAGCCAAGCCCCCAGAGGGUUUUGGGAUUUAGGUAGAGGGUGCCAGCUCUCAGGCCCAGAGAGGCUGGGGGUGGAGAGAAAGCUCAUCUGAAGUGCCUGAGGCAGACCUGGCUCUACUCAGUUCAGAGGAAGAAGACUAGCCCAGGGCAUUGAAUUUAUUUUUAGGCAAAUCCCUUGGACUCCCAAGGGCUGCUAGGAGAAAGAAGCUAAAGACUCGAUUCAAGAAGAAAGAGUUAAGAGCCCAGCCAGCUUACCAACUCAGAGCUCAAGGUCCCUCCCUCCUCCCCAUUCCACCAGGGGAAGCAGCUUGGGGCCUUAGCUCAUCCCAGCUGACUCUUUCUCCCCUCUCACUCCCUACCUCUCAUUCUUACAACCUUACCUUAGACUACUCCAGGUAGGUUCUGAUGGGCUCUCCCAGCGCCCCCCACACACAAAGGCUGCUGCCUCCGCAAAUGCCCUCUCCUCCCCUUGAACCCUAUAGCAGCCUGAUGUGAUACAUGGCACCAAGGCCCCAGCCUCUGCUAGUCACCUUCCAACCUCUCACUGUGUGAAGGUUUUUCACAGAAGUCGGAGGCUGUAGUAGGGCCAUUAGAGACCAAGGGCAUUAAAACAAAAGCCAAAAUGAGGUUUCUGGAGGUGGGGAAAGGCACCGACCACCAUAGGCUCAGUAAGGUCAAAUACCGCCAACCCCCUCAAGUCAGGAAAUUCAGGAUGAGGUCUGAGGUUUCCCAGCUGGGGAAAAGAAGUGGCUCUCACACCUCUCCUUCACAAUAGAGGUUACCUUACCUUCUCACACCACAGCAGCCCGCACUACAUAUUAUUCAGCUACCAACACAAUCAAGUGGGAAGGAACUGCCUCCCCUCUAGACGCAGCCAAGACUCCUCCUCCAGGAAGGCCCUAAAUAAACGGAAUUCUAUAGCACUUGAUGCGUAGGCUUCACUUUUCCUAUAACUUCACAGUUACCAAUAUAGCAUUUGUAUACCAUUGCCUCUGGGACCUGCCAGGGAUAGCUCGGAAAGAGUCCAGGGCAAUGGCCCUCACAAAGGGACAGGCAACUUGACUGUGGGAACCCAGCAAGGCAAUUUCCUGACUUUCUGUGCUAAUGAAACCCCACCAUCAGUUCAACCGAAGUGCAGGGGUCUGGAGAAAGAUUUAAGAGACUGACGUUUAAAACAAAAACCAAAUCACCAUCCCCCUAUAUCAGCCCAACUCUAUGCCUAAUAUGGAGGGAUCACUGAUAAAAUUAAUCCUAAAUGGCAAGUAAUCCUAAAAUCAUUGCUGUUUCUCAAUUUACAAGAUAGUGAGAUCUGCAGUGUAAUUUCUUCUAAAGUUAAUCCAAGCACGUGGUCAAUAUUUAACAUGUAUUUUUUAUUGAAUACUAAAUCAAUGAAAGGCUCAUUUCAUGCAAGUGACAUUUGGAAUUAUUCAAACUCCCUUAUCUGUUUACAUCUACUUGACAAAAGGGGCAGUGGGUUUUGCCAAGUUCUCUGGACUGGGAUUAGGAGAUCUGGGUUCUGGCUUUGGCUCUACUAGUAAACUCUCUGUGACCUGGGGUAAGUCCCCGUAUUAGUUUGUCAGGGAGAGAAAGAGACUGUGCAGCAUGGAUUACAUUCUCAAUAUAUCCCUUUCAGUAUGUUGCACGACACUGUAUUUUGUGACAAAUAAUCAUCAUGUCUCUUAUUUGGGCACAAAGCUAUAACCCCUUUAGCCGAGGUGGCACAGCCAAAUAGCUGCAGAUGAGCAGUGCUGACAGAAAAGGCAGUGGGAAGUGGUGGAGGGUUGAAGAAAGAGUAAAGGGGCAUGGAAUGUUAGGAAGAUCAUUCUAUUUUAAGUUCCAGAGUUGUGAAACGCCUUCUAAGUUAAGGGUCCCCUCAUUUCCUGCCCCAUGGUAGAGUGUGAGCUCUAAGCUCUCAUUAAUCAAUUAGAAAACCCCAUAACACCAAAAGAAAAAUAGACCAAGGACUUGAAAGACAAUCCACAGGAGAAAUACAAGUGGCAAAAAACAUAAGGCAGAGGGGAGGUACAGAAAACGCAUAAUCUUAUUAUUAACCAAAGAAAUAGAAAGUAAAUGACACUGAGAUACCAUUUUACAACUAUCAAGUGACCAAAUUUUUAAAUGAGAUGUGCUAAAGUGGGCUGUCUGAUACACUGCUGGCAGGACAAACCAGGCCAGCCUUUCUGCAAAGCAAUUUGGCCAUAUUUUUCAAGAGCCUUUAAAAGAGCAUUCCCUUUGACUCAACAGUUCCACUUCUAGGAAUCUCUCCGAUGGAAAUAAUCACAGAUACGCCCAUAUAUAAGGGAGUUCAUCACAGCAUCAUUUAUAAUAAUGAAAAAUUAGAAACUCCUAGAUGUCAGACAGUAGGGGAAUGGUUGUGUACAUAUUAUGGAGUCAUUAAGAAGUUUUCAAAUAAUUUCUACUGAUAGAGAAAAUGCUAAGUAAAAAAGCAGUAUUACAAAACUAUAUUUAUUAGAACAGAACUCAAAUUCUUAAAAAGUCCAGGUCUACUGGACUAGUUGAGACUAGAUGACUCCCGGAGACUAUCACCCUGAGACACUCUUUAAGCCUUGAACUGAAACUAUCCCCUGAGGUCACCCUUUACGUAAAUAACAGAUUGACUCAUAAAAUAAAGAUAACACCUGUGAGUACUGAACUCCUUUAAAAAAAUCAUCUACAUGAGACCAAAUGGUCAACAAUUACCUAAAACAAAGAUGAGAAGGUGAGGGAGCAGGGAAACUAGAUUACUGGAAAUAGAACAACCAGAAUGCUAUUAAUGAGAAUGCUGACACAUUGUAAAAAAUGUAGCCAAUGUCACUAAACAAUCUGUGCCGAAAUUGUUAAAUGCAAACCUAAAUUUGCUGUGUAAACUUCUACCGAAAACACAAUAUUAUUUUUUAAAGAAACUAUUUAUAGUUGGAUUCCAGUUAUGUUUAAAAACACACAUGUGCAGAAAAAAAAAAGACUAGACAGAAAUACCUCAAAACAUUAACAGCGAUUAUUAUGUCUUGGUGAUGAGUUCAUGGGUGAUUUUUUAAAAAAUCUUUACUUUUCUGCACUUUCCCAGUUUUCAGCAGUGAACAUGUAUUACUUUUAAAAUUAAAAAAAAAAAAAAGCAAAUAAAGGUGUGAGGGGAGGGUACUGUUUAUUUUCUAAGCUUUCCAAAUAUUUAGAGUGAGAAAGGGACCUUUGAGAUGAUCUCAUCCAGUGGUUCUCAAUCCCAUCAGACCCAGCCCUCCCUUGGUAUACUCAAUAUUUUGUAAUGCGCCCCCUACCACUUUAAAAUAAAUUUCAUAUUUAAUACAACUUGCUUAUGUACAUAAUUUUUCUAGAAUAGAAAUACACUAACUAUAAUACAAAGGAGAAAUAAAGGGAAAGUAAUUUAUAAUACCGCCACCCAUCUGUCAGUCUGUUGUACUGUAGUGGCUUGCAUGUCACUAUGAUGCUAGAAGCUAUGCUACUGGUAUUUCAAAUACCAGCAGGGUCACCAAUGGCAGACAGGUUUCAGUGGAGCUUCCAUACUAAGACAGACUUGGAGGAAGGGCCUGGAGUCUACUUCUGAAAAUCAGUCAAUUAAAACCUUAUGGAUCACAGCAGAACAUUGCCCAACUUGUGUCCUUUGGACAUGUCACCAGGAGGGAUCAAUCGCCAGAGGAUGACACCCUGUGUAGUGAUGCAGAGGGCCAGCGAGGGUGAGAGAGACCCUCAGUGAGAUGGACUGGCACAAUAGCUGCAACGAUGGAUUCAAACAUGCCGGUGAUUAUGAGGUUGAUGCAGGACCGGGCAACGUUUCAUUCUGUUGUACGUACAUAAGGUUGCCAUGCAUCAGAGCUGAAUGGAUGGGAACAAUCUAUCUCUAUCUAAUUUAUAAGUAGGUAAUAUGCAUUUCAAUACGCAAAUAACCAGGCAAGACUAUACUAAAAGACAGAAAAAGGUAGUCAGGUGUUUCCACCUAUAUACAGAAUCACUGCAAAUGCGACCGCUACAAAUGAAGACUAAUACAGGUAUGUUGUAUUGACAACUUAAAUACAUAUGAAUGGCACUGCCAUCAGUGACAUGAUUUUCAAAAGUCAUGAAAAACUCUUGGUAAAAUUCUGAACAAAAUAAAGUUCCAUCUUCCCUCAAUUGACACAGUUGUUACAUUCCUGAAAAUUCAGUGUAUAUAUUAAAACUAUAAAAACGUAUUUUGUGUUUAUUUGUAAAAUAAUUAACCAGUUGCUGUUGGGUCCAUUCUGACUCAUGGCGACCCCAUGUAUGUCAGAGUAGAACUAUGAUCCAUAGGGUUUUCAAUGGCUGAUUAUUUGGAAAUAGAUCUCCAGGGCUUUCUUCCAAGGCACCUCUGGGUGGACUCAAACCCAGCUGAGCAUGUUAACCAACUGCACCACCAGCUAAUUAUACCAGGGUUUUCCACCAACAUUAAUUCAAAAGUUUUACAGGCGCAGAGUCAUAGUUCCUAUUCUCCUUUCAUAUUUAUCUAAAACAUGAAAUCCACCAUUGCUCUCCUUUUUUGUGAACUGGGUUUGCCUCCUUUGAAACGAAUGAUAGUCAUAGUUUUAGCCUUGGACACUAUUUCUAAAACCUACCUCCUAAGAGCAGAAAGAGAUUUCUAGAAUGUAUUCUCAAAGCGGACACAAACACUUCGUGAAUUAUGAGAAACAGUGCUCUUCUUUAGUAGUACCAAGGCACAAGAGCAAAUUAUCUUUUUUUUUAAAGCCAUUUACUGUAAUCCCUCAGUGAUUUUCCCCAGCCUGGCCCCAGCCUCAGAAGUAUAAAAUGAACUGAGCUAGAAGAAAAGGACUAACAGGGCUAGUCUAUGGAGAGAGGGCGGGGGGCUACGUUGCUAGGUUACUGCUUUAGCCAAUCCAAGUGCUCCCAGAGGGGUACCAGAUACAGGACAGGUCUCUCCCUCUCUCUGCCCCACUAAGUUAAGGGCCCUCAAAGAAAGGGGUCAAAAGAUGGGGGGAGGGGCAGAGCACUCACACUAGGCACAAGUAAAGAAAUGAGGCAGAAGCACAAAGAAACAGACAUCCCUGUAUUUCUAAAACCAUUCAAGUCUCCUUCAUUAAUUGGCUUCCCCCAAAAAGAAAGAUUUCUUUAUUAAGAAAUACCAGAGAGUGAAAAAACCCAGCACAUAUACAUUUGUAGGCUCACAAAAAAGUGCAGAGAUUUACAUAUUAAAUUGCAUUUAAGUUCAAAAAUAGAUUUAAAAACAAAAUACUUUUUUUCCCCAACAAGGUAAAGAGAUUUGGUCAGUAGUAAAAGGGGGCCAGUAAAAGGCAGGAAGGUCAAGACAGGAAGAAUGGAAUUUAGCUACUGUAGAAUUAGAAACCACCUCUGCCAUUGGGGGACAAACAAAGGGGGAGAUGAUGACCUCAGCCAGGGCAAGGGACAUGAAGAAAUGGCCCAAAAUAGCCAACUUCCACCCUCCCUCAGAGAUUUUGGAUCAGUGCCAACCAUCCUGGCCUGGGGAAGUGAGGGGCACAGGAAUCUUGAGGAAUGGGGAGGAAAGGAAGAGUUGGAAAGAGUGUCAACCAUUGAAAAGGCCAAACAAUUUACAACCUAUUCCCAUGGGAAAGAUCAAUUCUUCAAUCUCCCCUCUGACCAGGACUGAGACUAGGGACAGUCCCAGCUCGUUCAUGGUAUGAAUGGGACAGAUCUUCUGGUCAAGGUCUUAAACACAGAAGAAUUAUAAAGGAAAAGAAAGAGGGCAGGGAGUAUGGAAAAGCAGAAACUAAUAAUAAUUUCACACCAGAGAGAAGAGAUAUCCAUCUUGGCCCUUUACGUCAGAAAAGGAAAGCUGCUUUGACCGACCAAGGGUCAGCAGGACAGUGGUUGAGGUAAGUAGAGGGAGAUCAAUCCAGCCUAACCCAGGAGAGGAGGUGGUCUGAGCUAGGAUGGGCUAAAGGCGUUCAUAGGAGUGGCAGGUUACCUGGAAAAACCUAAUAACUUCCAAGCCCUCCUGGAUUGGCCUUUUUUUGAACUAGCCAAAAUCUAACUACAAGAACAAAACUGAGAGAGCCAGAAAAAGAAUGGGGAAGUAGAGGCAGAUAAGCGAGAAAUCUGAGUCUCUCUCUCUGCCUCUCCCCAUUAGAGAAGGAUUGCUCUAUUCCAAUCAUGCUACAAGGAAAAUCUGGGAGCAGUCAAAUUUCAUUAAUUCCAAUUAAUUAACGGGAAGGGUGAGAUGGGAAUUGGCAAGUAGUCUUGAUUAUAGACUAUUUAAAAAGAAAUACAUACCAUCACUUGAAAAAGACCUCUAACAAAAUAUGUCUAAAGGAAGGCCUUGGUGAGUCUGCUUUAAUAACCAAGACUCAUUUGCAAUGAACAGCACCCAUCUGUAUAAAAACAAUAUUCUAAGAAAGAAUUUGUUUCUGUUCAGUAGAAUAAAUAUAACUCCCCACCCUCCCAAUCUUGUUAACACUAUAUACUGCCUUAAAAGCCCCUUCUUCAUAAACCAGUAAAAGCUGAGCUUCAGCUCAGAAAUGUAGUAUAGAUCAAUGGAGAGUCUGCAGGCUCUCUUGCCAACAUAAAGGGCCCCCUGGAAAAUGGAAGUAUGGCAAGUAAAAAGCAACCCCUUUUAACACCCACCCCCAUCCCCACCCCACACAUCAACACAUUCACACCCCAUGGUGGUUCUGGAAAUGGAAGGGGGAAGGAGGAGGCAGGCAGUUUGCAUUAGACACAGUUUAAUUGCCUUCGAAUAGAUUAAAAGUUCUGGUUUACACUUUCCCCCCUCCCCAUAAGUCAUCCAGACAGGACCCUGGCUUAGAAAGAGAAAAACACAGGUGCUCUAGGAAAUAUAGCCACAUAUAAUACAUAAAUCUUCUUCCCUGAAAUAGAGCAGGUCCUGAGCAGAGUGGACUGGGGGCCACAGCCCACCCCCAAGGUGAAGUGGCUCUGGGACUCUGUUGGUGGAAGUGCUGGAAGAAUGGGGCUUGGAGGAAGCCCCGGUGUGGUUACCAUAGCCCGAGGUGGGCAAGGCCUUGGAGUGGGUUACCCGGGAGGGCAGCAGUGCUGGGCUUUCCCUCCUCACUCAGCCUAGGCUUAAUGGAAGUAUUGGUUAUCCUUUUUUUCUUUUUUGCGGGGACAUAGGGGGAGAGGAGAGGAGAGGAGAGGAGAGCCUCUCUGUGCCUUGGAUUCCCCAUUUGUGCAUUCCAGGCCUCUGCAGGCCUCACACAGGGAGUCUGACGGGGUAGUGUUUAAGUGAGCACUCGGGCUUCAUCUGAGGAAAAGAAACCACCAAAGUGCAGACUUUUAUUACUGCCAUUACUGCUCCUAAUGGGAGCACGAGUCAAAAGGAAAAAAAAGAGGCUAAUGAGAGAGGAGAGAUGAGACAGAAAGUGUGAGGGGCUAUACCACUGGCAUCUCAUAAAUUCUUAUUGAGAAUGGCACCGGUAUUAAAAAAAAAUUUCCAGGUAGUCUACGAGAAAUGUAAAUUGUUAUCUCUACUACAACUACUUACACAUAUCUAAGUGGAAAAGAGGAGAGCUUGAGUGUUAGUGAGUGGAGGGGGGACAAAGGAGCAGCUACAUGAAUAAAUACAAGUGGAAGGUGCCUGCCCCAUUCCUGAAAGGAUUAGCUGGAAAUGUUGGCACUCGCGUAGCUGGAAGACUCCUCCAACCUCACUUUCCAUCCUCUUCAAUCCUGAAGGCCCCAAGAACUCAGUUAGCAUUUCCUGGCCAGAGGUCUCCAUGAUUGCCUCUGGACUCAUGACAUGCAGCAGCUUGAAAGGAUUUUAGCCAAUCUCAAGAAACUUUAACCCCACAAUUAGACCAAUGACCCCAAUCAGGAGAGCUAGGAUUUAGAAGGAAGAGAGGGAAGUCCAAGGAAACUCCGUGGUUGAGGCCAUGGAGAACCAGUGCCAGGGCCCAAGAGACCCAUUUGUCCAGUUACCAGAGGUGACUGACAUCUUCUGCUACUGUCUUGAGUUCAGAAAAAAAAAAAAAGCCUGCAGCAAGAAAAUGCCAGUGUGCAAUUGGG